GCUCCGGGCCCUGCCCUCCGGCCGCCGCGCCCGGGCCCAGGCUGUCCAUCGCCGGCCGCCGCGGGAGCCAGAGAUGGAUUUGGAGGCGCUGCAAGUGUGUGGAAGGCCCGUGUUUGUGUUGGCAGAGAAGGUCGGCUGCUGAGCCAGGGCGUGUCUCCCGGAGGCCUUCGGGCUGCCAGGAUCCCCACCUCCCUGCCAUGGGCUGCCAAGGCUGGUCAGUUACCAACCAGUGACAUCAUCAAGGUUCCCUGCUCUCUACCCUGACCAGCCAGUUCCUGCUGGAAGCCCCUGGUCCGAUCUGGGAAGAUCAUGCCCAAGCCCCCCGACCUCCUGCUGCGGCUGCUCCGGGGCGCCCCAAGGCAGCGGGUCUGCACCCUGUUCAUCAUCGGCUUCAAGUUCACAUUUUGCGUCUCCAUCAUGAUCUACUGGCACAUCGUGGGAGAGCCCAAGGAGCAGGGGCAGCUCUAUAACCUGCCAGCAGACAUCCCCUGCCCCACCUUGGCACCCCUCACCCCUCCCUCCCACAGCCCCCCUCCGGGCGACAUCUUCUUCCUAGAGACUUCGGACCGGACCAACCCCAACUUCCUCUUCAUGUGCUCGGUGGAGUCGGCUGCCAGAACUCACCCUGAAUCCCGUGUGCUGGUCCUGAUGAAAGGGCUUCCAGGUGGCAACGCCUCCCUGCCCCGGCACCUGGGCAUCUCGCUUCUGAGCUGCUUUCCGAACGUCCAGAUGCUCCCGCUGGACCUUCGGGAGCUGUUCCGGGACACGCCCCUGGCUGACUGGUACGCAGCGGCGCAGAGGCGCUGGGAGCCCUACCUGCUGCCCGUGCUGUCCGAUGCCUCCAGGAUCGCACUCAUGUGGAAGUUCGGUGGCAUCUACCUGGACACGGACUUCAUUGUCCUCAAGAACCUGAGGAACCUGAGCAACGUGCUGGGCGCCCAGUCCCGCUACGUCCUCAACGGCGCCUUCCUGGCCUUCGAGCGACAGCACGAGUUCAUGGCGCUGUGCAUGCGGGACUUCGUGGAUCACUACAACGGCUGGGUCUGGGGCCACCAGGGCCCCCAGCUGCUCACGCGCGUCUUCAAGAAGUGGUGCUCUAUCCGCAGCCUCACCGAGAGCCAUGCCUGCCGCGGGGUCACCGCCCUGCCCCCCGAGGCCUUCUACCCCAUCCCCUGGCAGGACUGGAAGAAGUACUUCGAAGACAUCAGUCCCCAGGAGCUGCCCCGGCUGCUCAACGCCACCUAUGCCGUCCACGUGUGGAACAAGAAGAGCCAGGGCACCCACUUCAAGGUCACGUCCAGGGCGCUGCUGGCCCAGCUUCAUGCCCGCUACUGCCCCACGACGCACGAGGCCAUGAAGAUGUACUUGUGAGGGGCCCACCAGGCCACCUCCCCGACCCGCUCCCGAUGGAGGGGGCACUUGACCGCCCUUCCCGGGGAGGCGAGAUUGGGGGCCUGGGAGAGGGAGGUCUGAGCUGCUCCCCGACCCGCUCCCGAUGGAGGGGGCACUUGACCGCCCUUCCCGGGGAGGCGAGAUUGGGGGCCUGGGAGAGGGAGGUCUGAGCUGCCACCGGGCUUAGGCUGUUGCAGAGGAGCAGCUGUGGGAGCAGGCCCGGUGGGAGGCUGUGGACACCCUCAAGACAGUGCCCUGUGUCAGGGCAGGGCUGACACGUGGCGCCAGGGCCAGCAGAGUGAGCUCAGUGAGUGCCCCGGGACUUCUAGGUGACAGGCGGGAAGGAUAAACCUUAGGGCACCCCUGGGUGGCGUGGGAAGCCAGGCAGUUUGGGCAGGGGUUCCGGAGAGGAGGGGAGGCGGGAAGAGGUAGGAAGCGGUGGGGAGUCAGGGGAGAGCCAGCCCCAGGGGCCCGGGUGGGGAGUGCUUUUCUCUUUUCUGGUUUUGGUUCCUCUGUCGGAGGGGCCCUCAGGGACUGAGCAGGGCAGAGGCCCAGCAGCGCCAGCCUGGGGAGCCCGUUAGGGGCAGCCCCUGCCCACCCCAUCCUUCCUCCUCUCCAGAGAUGCAGGGGGCGCAUGUCCCCUCUGCCCAUUCACUCACACAAGGGGUGGGGGUUCUCUAAAGAACACGCCCCCCCCAUUAUCAACCCAGGAGAAUAAUAAACGGAAUACAAGUGACCGGCCGUCACCUAGUGCCCUCUGAUUGCUGAAGUGCGUUCAGGCUCACAGCCUCCUCCGACCAGGAAGCCGCUGGGUGGGCGGUGACUUCCACGCGGCCUCCCAACCUGCCCUGCACGGAAGGGCUCGGGACCUGGCUUCUAGCCCGGCGUCCCUAGUGAUGGGGAGCCCCUGAGGUGGGGCACGGGGGAGGCCUGUUUUUCCCUCCUUUUUCAAGGCUCGCAGACACCCGAGGAUGCGUCCCACCAGCACAACCACCCCCAUAACAACCCUGAAUCUGUUUCACAUAAAUGGAACCAAAUGAGGACCCUGAGGAGCCUACCGCUGGAGCAGGG